GCAUUGACACAAGGCUUUCCUAUUGCCCACAACUGAACAAAACCAACAACUACAUUAAACAGGUUUAAUAUUUGUGAUGAAUGGAUAAGCCAACUAUAAAUGCAAAAGAUCCGAUCAGCGAUGGUAAGAUCGCUACCCCGUCCAUCGUUCUGCAAAGACACUUUGACGCCGAUCAAAACUCUUCUGAUAUAAAUAAGGACACAAUAUCUAUGGAUCUGAAUCGGUCCUCUAUACAUUCCUUUGGUGCUCCUCUGGGGAGUGUAGAUACACCGCCAGAAUCCAUUCACGACAAAUUAGCCGUUGACUCCCUUGAACCUACAGAAGAUUAUGCGCCAAGUGCCAGCUUACAAGUACACCCCGGCAAGGACGAUGAGAGCAGCAUAUCUGAAGUAGACUCGGCGGCGGCAAUUCGUCAUAAGCCAUGGACAAGUAGACAUACUGGCUCAAGAGUAGAUGACUCUGAUGGCAAGACAGCACCUACUCGCACAUGUGCACGGCAACGGUCCGAUGCAGAAGAAAAAGUGCAAGCUUGGCUUGAACACACUGAUAUAUCAGAUCCACAGACAACUCCCCAAGAUGACGAAGCUGAACAUCAGCCGCAGUAUCGGCGUAAAAGCACAAUGCAAACGCUAAAAUCGCAUAUAUUACAUGGCAAGCUAGUAAAUAUCAUUUUAAAUCCCUUCUUUUGUUACACCAUCGUAAUGCAUGAGUUUCUGACAUUCCUUUUGCAGGCUGGGUUGGGAAAGUGGAUCAACAAAAAUGACCCAAACUAUAAUGAUAGCCAAGUGCUCCCAAGUGGAAAGCAGGAGCUGGCGAUUUUGAAUAACUCCAACGACGGCGCAAUAGGAUUUGGAAAAUGAACAGCAUAGUUCAUGGAUUGAAAUUGUUUAUGAUUACCGAAAUAGUUGAAUAUAAUAGUUUACAGAACUGACAGUUUUUAAUUGUUGAUGAAAUCAAAUAAACAGCAUGGGGGUCUCUACUUGGAAAUAUGGUUCCGUCGCUUCCUCUUGCAA